CAGAAUCAUCAGUGCUACCUUGUAUAUAAAGAGUAACCGGGUAUCCUAGUGACACCGACAACUCCUACAAUUACACCAUUGUUUAACCAUAUUCACUUCUAGGAAGACGUCAAAAUCCUCCUCCUCCCCUUUACAAUCGCCUCUUUCCCUAGACUUUCGCCUGUCUAUCACCUCACCAUCUCCCUACUCUGAACAAUCAACAUCAGAGCCACAAUGAAGUUCUCUCCUGCUUACCUGCUUGGCUUCGCGCCAAUUGUCGCCGCUCACUUCAGACUCCAAUAUCCCACGAGUCGCGGCUUCGAUGAGGAUACAAUGCCUAACUUUCCCUGCGGUGGCUUGGCCCAAUCCUCCAACCGGACUCAAGUGUCUCUUUCCUCGGGCUCUUUCCCUGUUGCCUUGAGGAUGGGUCACGAUGAGACUGCUGUUGAGGUCCUCUUAGCUCUUGGAAACGAUCCCGGUACCAAUUUCAACAUCACUCUCCGUCCCACUUUCCGUAUCGAGGGAUUGGGCGAAUUCUGUCUGCCUCAUGUCGUGUUUGACGAGUCUGUGCUGGGCACGAACAUCACCGACGGAAUGAACGCGACUCUGCAGGUGCAGGCCAAUGGUGAUCCCAACGGAGGUCUCUACGCUGUAUGUUUAUUAUCCAUGACCUAAGUGAACACUGAGAAGCAGCAGGCUGACAACUUCUAGUGCGCCGACAUCCAGUUCUCUUCGACCGCACAGUAUGAAGAGCCCUCGUCGUGCACGAACAACACCGGCAUUUCCGCUAUUGCAUUCACCGGUGCCGCUGCCGAGCGCAAUGCCAACGAAUCCACUGCCGAUGGUCAAGCACAGAGCGGCAGCUCCGCCUCCAGCUCCGACUCCGGCCACUCCUCCGCUACCCACACUUCGAGUACCACCGCAACCUCGACUGGUGGCGCUGUCGCUCUGGAGACCGCUGCCUGGGGGAUUCUGGGCGCUGCCGUUGUUGGUGGCCUUGCCGUUCUGUAGAUGAUUGAUCCUCCCAUUAUGAUAUGAUUUAUGCGUCUCAGUGGAAUUUGCGAUAGUGAGGGGUGAAGAUGAAUUGACGAUAUUGCAUGCCCAACUGUACCAUAUGUGCGCUUAUUGCUGGAAACAAC